CAUUUGUCGUUUAUGCAGAAAAAUAGUACUUGCAAAAGGUGGAAAUACCACGAAUUUAAGAAGUCACUUGAGACGUCGACAUCGUGCAGAUUUUUUUGAGACCCCCUCCUCCACGUCCUCUGGAGCUAUAUUUGAGACUCAAGGUGAUUUACCACCAAAUUUAGCGCUUUGGCUGCAAGAAUUGUAAAUCUAAAGCGUACAUCAAAUUUGAGUGCUAUCGCACUACUGCAUUCCCUUAAUGCUGACAAAAUUGAACCCACAUUGUUGUGGGUCUUCUGAACUUGCAAUGCCGUGUUUGCAGUGCAGUUAAGGAUAAAAAAUAGUCCCCGACCCCGAUGGUGCUUUUGCAUGCACACUUUAUUUAUAACUUAUUAUAGACCACAGAUUACUUGCUAUACCGUAUUUUACGUUGCAGAAUAUUCAUUGUUGCAACAUAGACUGAUAGGAGUGUAUUUGGUGUGUUACAUAUCGAGCAUACCGACCAUACCUUGGUACUGUACCAGACUCAAAAAGCACCAAAAUAAUUCACUACCCUCAAGAGUGUUGUAAACAACAUCGGUCAACAAAUUUCAAAUGUAAACAUUGUUUCUUCAAACUGUUAUUUACUGUAAAGGUCUUUCAUACAUGAUGUCAUUUACAUUUUACAGUUAAUGAGAAAACUGUACACUGUGCAAUAUAGGGUGUUCCUGUAUGCCAUGUACAUUUUAUUACAGUCAACUUUGAAGAUGCUGGUACGCAUGCGCAGAAAAGACCCUAGGUCUAGAGUUUUGUUUUACGGCAGCCACAUACCCUUGUUGUUGCCAUGGUAUCACCGUAACAGUAAUUUAUACAGUCUAUUGUAAAGGAGCUGAUGGAAGCAUCGAGAGAUACUUUAAUAUUUGAAAUAGCAUUUGUUAUGAGAUGUGUUGUUUUUUCCUGCUGGUAUGAUAUGCCGUAAACAAUCACAGUUAAGCGGUUGGUGCAAUGACUGACCACUUAGAGCCGCCAUCUUUAGCGUUUUAAAAUCUCUUUCCUAAAUCGAUUGACCACGUCUCCUCAGUACAAGCUGAUAGUGACUGUGGUAUAACCGCCGUAUUGCACUAUAACCAGACUACUUGAGCGGUAUCACUCCGCUUUGUUUACAUGGCCUAAUCCUGCUAACACCGGUACUCGCCUCAUUUUACAUUUAUUGCAAAGCACAGCUGAUGGAGCUAACAGCUAACAUAAUGAAUGCACACCUGAGAGAUUCUCGUGAAAGUCUGGAUUUGUUUAAACCUAAUGUGAAAGCUAAAGAGGAGAUCAUCCUGAAAGAAGAGGAUGAGUCACACGAAGAGGAAGAGUGUGAGGUGAAUGUAACUGACGUUUCUAGACAUGCAAUGGUGUCAGACUUGGAACUAGAUGAACUUGAGGACAGCAGGAAUGAAGUAAGUAAGGUUACAAAGAAGCAGACAACAUGGGCUGUGAAUUGCUUCAUUGGCUGGUUGGAGUCCCAGGGGCUCCACAUGGACCUGACUACAGCGGAAAAGACUGAGCUGAAUCAGCUGCUGAGGCACUUCUAUGGAUCAGUACGAAACAGCAAAGGAGAGCUCUAUGGGAUUGCUAGUUACAUUGCACUGAGGGCUGGACUUAACCGUUACUUCAAAGAGCCUCCUGUCAGCCGCCCUGUGUGUUUAAUGAGGGAUCCUGAGUUCACCUCAGCCAACAAGGUAUUCUUGGGAGUACUCAAAAAAAUAAGGAAGUCCGGUCGAGACAUAACAUCACACCAUCAGGCACUGACUCCUGAUGAUAUCCGCAUCCUCAGACAGUCACGUGUGAUGGACACCUGCACUCCAAGGGGACUUCUGAACAAAGUCUGGUUUGAUAUACAAGUACAUUUCGGUCGUAGAGGAAAGCAGGCUAACAGGAAUCUAAAGCCAGAUUCAUUUGUAAUCAGAGAAAAUGAGAUGGGGCUGAGAUAUUGCACUUUAUCCUUUGGUGAUGAGGUAAAAGUUCAUAACGAGAAAGAUCGAUGCUCAAUGUUUGAGAAGCCAGGCAGUGAACUCUGUCCCAUUACUUCUCUUCUGAAGUACCUCAGCAAGCUUCCAUCCAACGCAACUGCUCUUUAUUUACAGCCAAAGAAAGAACUAAUAGAUGAAAUGUGGUACAGCCAUGUACCCCUUGGAGUCAAUUAUCUGGGCUCAAUGCUGGCUCGCAUGUGUAAAGAAGCCCGCACAUCAGUCAUCUAUACCAACCACUGCAUCAGAAGUACACCCUUUCACCAACUGUGUGACACAGGACUCGACGGAAGAGAGAUUAGCGUCAGUGUUCGCAGGUCUGAAACUUCUGUCAAAAGUCACCAAAUGCCAUCCCUUGGAAGCAGUAAGCAGCUGAGCAAGAUCUUAUCAGAAAGCAGUUCGGCUGGGCCAGCAGGUUUGGAUUUAAACCAUGAAGAAUUAUUUGAGGAUGUUCCGUUUCUCCAGGCUGCCUCAAACCAUAACUAUGUCCCAGAUGCUGUGCUGCCACCUGGAGAGCCGUGGCUUCAUGGCGGCCCCUCUCGGGCAGCGCUGUCCCUGCCUUCUUGUCUAUGCCUGUGUAGGGAUGUUGGGUCUAGGAUGUCUGGUCCUGGUCCUUCUGGUGAAGAGCAGAUGGGAGAGAUGAAAGUGUACGCUAAGUGUCACCUUCAACAGGGAGUCAUGUUUGGGCCAUUUUUAGGAGAACUGUGCAGAGGACAAAUGCCAGCCAACCUUAAAUAUGCCUGGGCUAUUAGAGAUGAUGCUGCUUUUGUCUACGUCGAUGCCUCUGAUGAGAACAAAUCUAACUGGAUGAGGUAUGUAACAUAUACCAGUAGUGAGGAAGAACACAACCUGGUUGUCUUCCAGUUUUACCGUCGCAUCUACUACAGGGUUUCUCAGCACAUCAUGGAGGGAGCAGAGCUCAGGGUCUGGAUCGGCAAGGAUUAUGCUACUUUACUGGGCCUGGGGAUGGGGGGCAAUGUGAAAUGUGAAGUUGGAGACAAGGAGACAGUUCUACGCCUCCUGCAGGACAUUCAGUUAGUUACCCUCCCAGAACCAAGCAGCUCUUCCCUUUGGUCAGACAACAGCCAAUCGCAGAGCCCCAUGCCUGUGAUCAGUGAUGUGACGACAAUGUCAAACCCGGACGCACCUUGUGAUUCAGGCCUGAUUUCUGGUUCUGCCUUCCCGUCCUCCUCCCUGAUCUCCUUCCCAUCCCCUAAUGCUUAUCCAUAUGAAAAGUACGAUUUCAUAGCUGGAACCGAGAAGCUGCUGAGUAACCCAAACACCCCACAGAACAGCCCAUGGUACUUUUUUGGGUUUGAGCCAGACCCAACUGGUCGACCCCUGGACCGGAGCACUGCAGUGUGUAAGUUGUGUGGGGAACAUGUGGGCUGUGGGGGAGGAACAACGGAUCUCCAGAACCAUCUGACCAACAAGCACCACAUCAGACCGCGUGACAGUAACAGGGACCGGAUUAUAGGCCAACAGCGCUCACAAUCGUUGUUGGUUAACAGUGGUCUGGUCAGUACACUCCCAGUGGUAUUGUCUACUCAUGUGACCAAUGCCAUCGCCAACUUUCUCAUCAUGGAUCUCCAGCCAUCAGCUCUGGUAGAAGGGGAAGGCUUCAAACAGCUGAUUCACACCCUCCUGCCUUUCUACAAGGAACUGCCUUCACACUGUCAGCUUGAGAACCUCCUGAAAGAACACCAUACCAGAGGCAAGACAAGCUUGGCUCAGCAACUGAGGAUGAAAAUGGGCAGUGGUGAAAACGAGGGAAUAUCUGACUACACUGUUCCCAUCGAGUUUGAGACCAGGAGACAUUGUCGACCUCCAAGCCAUUGGAGGGAAGUUCCUCACUUUGUCACUUUAAGCGUGGAUGUUUGGUUCCAUAACUGGCAAGGCAACACUGAGAGGUACCUCACCCUCUGGGCACAUUAUAUAGACUUAGAUUUUAAUUUUCAGAACCUGGCCCUUGCAACCCAAAGACUGACAGAGAGUGGGGUGAAAGACUAUAGUCUUCGAGCAGUGGAGGCUCAAGUGAAAGUGAUGGCCCAGGAGUGGGGAAUCUCGCAGCCUAAUAUGGUCUUGCUGGGAGGGGAGGGAAGAAACAAGAUUAGGUUGGGGCCGCUAAAGAGCGAGAAAGGUGGAGAGACUGCCGGCAGCGUUCCUCAUCCAAACUCAACAACAUUUCUUGAGAGGGAUGACUCUGUGUCUCUCGAGGAACCACAUGACUUAGAGGAUAGCCAUGCAAGUGAAGGACUGCCAUCUGUGCCAUGUUUCUUCAGUGCUGUGCAAGGCUGCGUUGAGGAAGUGAUGUCACACUCAGUCAUCUCCAAGACCCUAAGUCAAUUCCAAGGUAUUCUUUCAGCCCUGUUCCUGUCACCUGCUCUAAACAAAGGCUCAUAUCAGCCCCAUGCCCAGAGUCUGUUGCAGAGUUUGACAAAACAAGAACAGGCAGAGCUGAAAUCAUGGGCUCACAGUCGGCCAACAUGGAAUAAGCUGUACCCUCUGCUGAACAUGCUCACCAAACAUAAAAGUAUUAUUUGUGAUAUGAUUAAGGAGAUUAAAGGUGAGGCCUUGUCUAAAGAAGACAAUUCUACAGAGUCCAGUUCAUCUAGCACCUGCCAUGCAAACUCCACCUCCAACAUGUUCUCAGCAAGCAUUAUGACCUUGCGAUCUGAUUGGAAGAUUCUGGAAGAUUUGUGUUUGGUCCUCAGACCUCUGGAUGUGGCGUGUCAAACUCUUGCCAAAGAGGCAUUCCCUCGUCUGUCCCUCAUCAAACCCAUCCUCACUGGCCUGCUCUCUCGCCACCUUGUGUUGCGACCAGGAGAUUCGUCGUCCAUCCUGAAGGAAGUGAAGGGGAUGAUGAGGCAGAACUUGGCAAGCUGUUACAACAACCCUGUUGUCAACAGGGUUGUCUGUGUGGCAUGCUCCCUCGACCCACAGUUUCAUGGGCUUGGAUUCAUGGAGGAGAAGGAGCAAACAGCAACUUUUGAUUGGCUGAAGAAAGAGGCUGUCAGAAUUGUAAAGGAGGACAGGAGGAGAAGCCAAGGUAAAACGCAAAGUCAGAGCAAGAGAAGUCCUUCACCUGGUUCACCAGAGUCAGAGAGUGACUUCCUGCGGAGGAGUAAACGCCUCAAAGAAUGCCGCCCAAUCAACUUCAAAGAGCUUGAAUAUGAAGAGGAAGAGAGCGACGCAAGAGAGGAUGAUGAAAAUGAGUGGGCAGAUCCUGGCUCCCAGGGUGGGCUCUCUGGUAUGGAGUUCCUUCUGGGAGACCUGUUCUCCUCUGCACCCAGGAGCAGGCAGAGCUCUGUGGAGGAGUCUGUCGACAUGGAGAUGUCUGUCUUCAGAGCUGACAAGGGGACUUCUCUGGGAGUGGAGCCCCUGCAAUGGUGGAGGACAAAGGCAGCGCAGUUUCCACUGUUGGCCGUAGUGGCACGAGCCUACCUGGCUGCCCCAGCAGUGGCAGGUAACGCUGCGCAGGACUUUGUACAGGAAGGAACCGGAGCCACAUACAGGAAAAGAGCCAACAUUCCACCAGGAAGUUUAGAUUCAAUCUUGUUUUUGCACUACAACCACAUGCCCACAACUGAGAGUGGGCAAGUAACAGGUAGGAAUGACGACAAGAAAAGUGGGAUUGAAAAGGUCCCAUAAACUCUGAAACAACAUCCAUCCAUCCAUCUUCUUCCGUUUCAUCUGGGACCGGGUCGCACGGGCAGCAGCUUGAGCAGGGAUGCCCAGACUUCCCUCCCCCCAGACACUUCCUCCAGCUCUUCCGGGUGGACCCCAAGGCGUUCCCAGGCCAGUGACAUAGUCCCUCCAGCGUGUCCCGGGUACUGAAAACAACAGUCAUUCCUUUUUCUCAAUAUCUGAAUUUAACUCAGCUACUUGUGCUACACUUAACCCCUGACCAAGUUUUAACCUGCUUCAAACCAUAAACCAAAGUCCUGACACAAAUUUCUUCUGGGUGGAAAAUUUUAGAAACAGCACAAUUUUCCCACUUAGGACAUAAACAGAUGGAGAGGUUGGAUAUAGGGCAGGCAGAGGUCUUAUGAAAGUGUAAAAUGAAUGCAAAUUAUGAACGGAGAUUCAUUUUGGGAAUCAAAAGUUGAGACUAAAGAGAACAAACAGAGUUCAGAUAGCUAAAGCAGCUCAGUUUUGUACCGUGUAUAGGUUGGACUGUUACUUCUGUUAAUUCUGAUCUACAUUUAACUUUGCUGUGCGUAUUCAGUAGUGCCUUGUGCCUUACCUCUUUUAGAUACAAUCAUACAAUAGAUUGGCGGUAGGUAUUCCUGAUUUUUAUUGAUUAUCCUUAAUGCUAAUUUCUAACAAAUGUAUAUGUAACUGUGAUUGCAAGUGUGUGGAUUGUCUGUGAAAACAUACAGUAGUUGAAAGUCCUUCAUGGUAGCAUUAUGUGAAACUACUACUACCAUGUGCCUUUGCGUUUGUAUUAGCACUGAUUAACACCGAUUGUGUUAUGAAUCAGUAAUAUUAUGAAAGAAAACCCCAUACACUGGUUAUUAGAUUACUUUUUUGUCAGUGAAUUAGUAAUUUUUUUAAAAAAAAUACAAGUGUUUAGUCAAACCUGAAUGUUUUACAAAUUUUGAUGCACUUUAACUUAACAAAAUGGAUGAAGCUUAUUAGACAGUGUCUGUAUUGUCUUAGACUGUGACAGAGGGUAAAUAAAGGUCCACACACUGAAAAGUGCUCUCAAGUUGAACACAUUUACAAAUAUUUUAAACAGAUGUUCUUUUUUCUGCUCUUAGACUGGGGUGUUAGUAUUCAUGUACACGCAGAGUAACUGCUUCAUUUUUUCUGAUGUCUCAGCGUAAUAUAGAUAUAACAGUCAUACACAUUUUGAAAAUAAAAUAUGAGAUGGCUUAUAAGCUAAUUCACUCACAAACAAUAUACUGUGUGAAACAAGGCACGCAAUAGGCCUACAGUAGUAUUAUUUGUACUGUACGUUGUGUACUGAGGUUGUAGACAUAUAUACGGUAUAUACUAUACAGCAUAUUGAAGCUCAGAAACUUCAGUAAAGUAACAAAAUAUAACCCAUUCGGUAAAACAUUUCACCGUUUUUAAUAACCUUUUAAAAAUGUAACUAUUAAUACAUUUUCGAUCAUACAAAAAAAAAACGUUCACAACACCAAAGACAUCUGAGGUGAUAUCAGUGCACUUAGUUAUAAAAAUCAAAAGUUCUAAAAAAAUACUGAAUACAUUUUCUAUUUAAACAUUUUGAGCAGGAACAAACAGGCAAGUGAGAAGAUGUUUCUUUAUCACCACAAAACGUAUUCAACCACUUGAAAAGUCCAACUCCCAGACAGACAGACAGACAGAAACAUUUAUUUAUGCCUAUUACCUAUUAGGCCUACAACUAUAACUUGGCUUCAGCCAUUUUAGAGCCAUUAGAGACAUCACUGGUGCUGCUGUUCUCUCUGUGGCGGGCCACUUUCCGGCAGUGGAUGAAGAUAUAGACAGGAUGGAUAAACACCAGCAGAGUGAAGAGUGUCAGAGCGAUGUCCAC